AAACAGAUCACAGCUCUCCUUUAUCAGCCAUAUCUCUGAACUGCACUCCGAACGUGUCGCGAGAUAAACGCUAGAUGGCUCGGUUGCGAGUGCGAGUGCGGAGUCGCAACUUGUUCGUUCGAGAGGACCGGUUGGCAUUUUCUGCGCUACGUUAUUAAUCGCGAAAGAGAGACUUUGCGAGCCGCGCGCAUCGAGCAUUCACCCUCCCCGAUCAGAGGGCUGGGACGCUCGCUCCGUCUCUCUCUCCCGCUCGCCGUCGUCUUGGAACCGUCGGACGAGUUUCCUGAUCGCACGUAAUCGCUGUAUCGAUCCGAUACACCGCUCCCUAGCCGAGUCUGUCUCGCUGCCUGCUCGUCGGCCCGCCUCGCGCAGCGCGUACGUGAUAAGAGGUUAUGUCGACCGCGUAGCUCGCGUCGCGCUGCAAUCCUCGGUGAUUCGUGACUGUCCAGUGUAAGGUGAGCGAGUAGGUAGGUCGCACGUGCAAUCUCAGGACCGCGUGGCGCCGGAAGGACGCGAUCGACGAGGGACAUGGAGCGUACUCCGACAAGCGCGACGGUGACUGCACGUGCAACGUACCGCGAUCUCGGGCGCCUGGAGAGGAGGAAUCCCUCCAUGCCGUGAUAGAAAAUAAUGCCCCGUCGAAUGUUGUUGUCGUUCCGGUCCAACGUGGGCUUCGUCUGCGGUGCUGGCUACGGCGCGGGCCACCGAUGUCUUGCGGAGGAGCCGCCGUUGCCGCUUGCAUGUCGAGACGACGCAGUCGCGAGAGAACUGGCUGCGAGGGCGAGGGAACGGAAUGCGCGUCCCCCGACGCGCUUUUCGCCCCUUCGAAGGCCGAAGAGACCGACAAAAGGGACAGGAAGAGUAAGCGGUACGAGGCCUGGCAUCAGACGGCAACCGGCAAGAGUGCCGACGUCGUCGAGACGGUAGCCGACUUUGAGAAGUGGUUGAAGAUGCGCAACACGGAGCCGCCGGUGCCAUCGAGCAUGGACUUGGACACGACCAAAGUGGUGGAGGGCGUGGAUCGGUAUCUGGGCGAGGAGAUGCUGUCGCAUAACUGCUUCCUAGGCAAGGAUCCAUAUGGCUUGUCCAUCGACAUCGAUCUGGCCGAUGCCAAGAAGUACAACCUGUCAUCGAGCUACGAUCCGAUACUGCAGGACCUGACGCAGAGCGAGAACCGCUUGUUGGCGGAGGAGCCACCAUGCGAGAAGGUCGUCGACGAGUACAUGCUGUCGGAAUUCCACUUGGAUCAUCUGGAUCCACUGGCGGCAUUAUCGCCGGAUGACAUGAUGGUGGCUGGUGAGAUCCUACCAUCCACGAGCAACCAGCCAACGCUGAAGGUGGAGAGCCACGGUAUCGAGCAAAGUACUCCGGCAAGCACGGUAGUCCUAGAGCAAACCGACGAGAUGCCUUGUGAGAAAUCCACGCAAGUUAUCCUCAACGAGUUGUCAGUGGGUUUAGGGAACAUGAAUGAGGUGGAAGGCGCGAAAUCAGAGUCGGGAGUUGAAGCACAAUCUUCGGAGAGCCCCGCAGAGCUCUUCAUAGAGACUUUAACGCCGGUGGAGGAGAGCUCGUCGAGUUCCAUAGUCGCUAAUACGGAUACGCAUCCUCCAGGUACCAUAAUGGAGCAAUUGAAGUCGAAGACUAGAAUGAAGCUUGAGCCACGUAUCAUUAAGAAGCGUCGGCAGAUGACGGAGCGACUGGAGAAGAAGCUUGACAAGCACAUCAAUGGUAAGGGCUUCGCUGAGACGGGCUCGCAGGAUGGCGUGAUGGCCGUGGUUGCCAUAUCGACCGACAAGAUCUCCAACACGACGCAGAUCGUCAUCAACACCGGCACGGAGAAACAGAUCUAUCAAGGCAAGACCUCGGAGCUGAUCGAGGCCACGGGCAACUUCCCAAAAUUGCCCAAGAUAGACACUUCUGCCGCAAUCUGGAACGAUACUGUGGAAUACGGUAUCGAUAGUAAUCCGAGUAGUCAAUAUGAAAUCGUCAUAUCCAACGCCCUGGAGGAAUUAGGCAUCACCGAUGACAGUCUACAGCCUACAUGCAUCACCGAGCACGACAAGGUGUGGCUCUGCCCACGGGAUGGUUGCAACAGGCAGUUUGGCAGAUUGUACACUUUAAAGGGUCAUUUAUUGGCUCAUUACGGAGUUAGGCCAUUCAAGUGCGACUUCGAGGGAUGCACGUGGGCCUUUUACUCCGAGUUCAAGUUAAAACGCCACAAGGAAACGCAUCUGAAGCGCAAGGACUACGUAUGCGAGGUAGAGGGCUGCAAUCGUCGAUUCACCACCGUCUACAAUCUCUGGAGCCAUGCGAAGCUGCAUAGCCGUCCAAACAGGAUUGUUUGCCAGGUGCCGGAUUGCGACGAGAAGUUUCAGACGAAGCGGGCAUUGGAACUACACAUGAAGUCGCACGAUCAGCGUCACGCGCCUUACGUUUGUCAGCACGAGGGUUGCGGCAAACGGUAUUACAGUAGCAACGCGUUAACGUCGCACCAGCGGUCGCACAGCUACAAAGAAGUGGACAUCAAGUGCUCGUGGCCGGGUUGCGGCAAAGUAUUCGACAAGCCGUGCCGACUGAAGGCUCACACGCGAUCACACACCGGUUGCAAACCCUACCACUGCACCUUCCAGGACUGCAAAUGGGCCUUCUCAUCGUCGAGCAAGCUCAAGCGGCACCAAAAGAAGCACACGAACGAACGGAAGUUCGUGUGCGACGCGCCGGGUUGCGGCAAGGCGUUCAUGCGAUCGGAACAUCUGAAGGAGCACCGAUUGACGCACACGGAGGGUCGUUACUUCCAGUGCUUCGUGUGCGACGCUCGGUUCUCCGCUAAGAGCAGCCUGUACGUGCACAUCAAGAAGCACCAACAGAUCAAGACGGACAACGCGAGUUUAGCGGACGGCACGACUGCGGAAUACAAUCCCGGUGGCGCGAAACGCACGAAGACGAAGGAAUCCCAUGGUUCAAGAGUGAAGCCGAUCGUCAAGUCCUCGAGGCGAAGGCCCACGGAGGCGACAAAUGUCGAAAUUGUGGAAAAGACGAGCGCCGAGAGUCCGUCGAGUCUGCACGCCGACCUCAACGCGCAUUCUCAGAACCAGGAUGACCUGAAGUGGCUGUACCGUUGCCCGGUGGAGCUCUGCGGACACUUCGCCGGCAACGAGGCGAAUCUGCGCGAGCACGUGAUCAAAACGCACGACGUACGGUGCGAGGAUUCGCUGAGCAAGCCGUCCUCGGACACCGACAUCGACUACAUCCUGUACGCAGUGGACGAUUCGAGCCUGAGCACACCCCCGGCCGCUCUAUCGAACGAAGAGCAGAUGAUCAUGGUGACGCCGUGCGACGCUGUCGUCCUCGGUACCUCGAGCACGGAUCGUUGCCUACCGGAGCCGGAACCGCCACCUUUCAACGCUUUGCUGAAGAACACGGAGCCGCUCCGCACCGGCGUGCGAGUCGUCAAGCAGAUUGACAAGGAGGUCGUCGCUACGAAGAAGGAUCAAGGCUCGGCAAGGACGGACCUGACGUAUUCGAGUUGGUCGAAACUGAAGAGGAACGGCGCGCUGAUAGAUUCGGUGGUGACCGGCACCUCGGACGUUGUAUUAAACGCGAGUAACGACCUGAGCGAGGGCUUGCUGCUCACGGAGGAGUUACCGUCGAUGUACUAUCAAGACGACGCCGGGUAUGGUACAGCGGGCACGGAAUACCAGGUACUGUUACUAGAUUCAAAUCCACUCGAGAGUACCGGCAAUCUGCGCUUGGUCUCGAGCGAUUUCCGUGAUGGACGCGAGUGUGGUGACUUUGAUGAUCGUCUCGAGUGACUUCUUCGUAACGGACGAAUUUGAUUUGACCAAGUGACGCGAUCGUUUCGAGUGAGAUUGCAAUAAUGAGCGUUGUUACACUAAAUGCGGUGGCAUAAUCGCUUUGGACAAUAUGACAAAACUGGAUAUGAUGAUAAAUUGUUAUUUUAAACGUAGGUUUUAAAAAUGGUAACUUCGACACGAUCUGUGAUCCAGGAGCUGGCCUCAGCCUGAUAUUCAUUUGUACUGUGCGGCCCAUAAUCGCUUUAAAUCGUUAUUUUAUUAAUAAAUCGUUAAUAUUUUUUCAUAAAAAA